ACUAGCAAUAGCAUCAUGUUCCAAGUAAAAGAAAGUUAGAAAAGAGAGACAAUUUAGGGUAUGUUUGUUUGUUCUGCGUCCAUUUCAAUUUAGAAAAUUUGACUCAGAUAAUAAACAAACCCCCAAUAACGGUUUUUAGUUGGAGAGAGAAAACCAAGUGGAAGUAAUUUUUUUUUCUGGGUUUUCCAUUUUUUUUUCAGGUGAAGAGGGGAAACAAGAAUAUGCUGGGUGCCUCUGUUCUUCCUUCCCUUCUAUCGUCACAAACUUGCCGUAUCAUUCACUUUUAGAGAGAGAAAUUUAUUCUAUGUUUUCCAUAUCUUUGAAUGAGAGUUUUUAAUUCUCUUAAUUUGAAUAAGUAAGAAAUUGCGGCUUUUUUUUUUUGAAACCCUAAACAACCCUUUCCUUUUCUGGGUCUUUUUUUCAACACGUACCAAUUCCAAAUUUGACUUUAUUCAAGGUCAUUCCCAUAUCUCUUUUUUUUUUUGUGAAUUUUAGUUUCUGGUUAUUUUACUAAUUCUCAAUAAUAUUGAAUCUUUUAUCCAAAUUUCGUGGUUUGAGUUUGAAGGUUGGUUGAUGAAUUGUUGAUGGGUGCAAAAGUGUAUAUAUUCGGAUUAGGUGCAAUUUUUGAGGUGUAAUUUUGUGGGGGUUGUUUUGUUUUUUAUUUGGGAAUUGUUUGAAUCAUAUUAAUUUGGAGAAUUUGUUGAUUGAAGUUGUUGAAAAAUUUGGGGUUUAUUGGUUUUUGGAUGGAUAUACUCAUAUACAUAUAGUGUGAGGGUUGAAUUUAGUUGUUGUAUUGAAUAUUGAUAAAUUGAAUGGGGUGUGCAAGUAGUAAGCCCAGGGCAGCUGAUGAUGGUGCUGAGAGUCCUAUGGAGAGAGCACCAAGUAAGAGACUGUCUCGGACUACGUCGUCGAGCAGAGAAGGGGGUCCUAACCAUAACAUGAUGAUUAGAAGUAAUAGUAAAACUUCAUUAAUUGAUAGGAAAGCAAGCAGUUCGAUUCGAUUAUGUGAGGACCGUUCUGAGAAGAGUAGAGUGAAACCUGAGGAUGUUUUGGCUCAUCAAUCAGACAUUAAAUUGGUCCCCAAAGCCCGGGAAGGCGAGCAAGUUGCAGCUGGUUGGCCGUCUUGGCUUGCUACGGCUGCAGGAGAAGCUAUCACUGGUUGGAUUCCUCGGCGUGCAGACACUUUCGAGAAGUUGGACAAAAUCGGGGAAGGGACUUAUAGCAGUGUCUACAAGGCUCGUGAUAUCAUUCAUGGCAAGAUUGUUGCUUUAAAAAGAGUACGAUUUGAUAACCUUGAUCAGGAGAGCGUAAAGUUCAUGUCAAGAGAAAUCCUUAUACUACGUAGACUUGAUCACCCUAAUAUAAUUAAAUUGGAAGGCCUAAUUGCGUCUCCAACGUCUAGCAGCUUAUACCUCAUAUUUGAGUACAUGGAGCAUGAUCUUACAGGCAUUGCAGCACUUCCAGGCCUGAAGUUCACAGAGCCACAGGUAAAAUGUUUUAUGCAGCAGCUUCUUUGUGGCCUUGAAUAUUGUCAUAGACAUGGUGUACUCCAUCGUGACAUAAAGGGCUCAAAUCUCUUGAUUGAUGAUCAUGGCAUAUUGAAAAUAGCAGACUUCGGGUUAGCAACUUUCUUUGAUUCUCAGAAGAGCCUGCCAUUGACAAGCCGAGUGGUAACUUUGUGGUAUCGACCUCCUGAACUGUUACUUGGAGCCACUCGUUAUGGGGUAUCAGUAGAUUUAUGGAGUGCGGGUUGCAUUCUUGGAGAGUUAUACGUUGGCAAACCUAUCAUGCCUGGAAGGACAGAGGUUGAACAAUUGCACAAAAUCUUCAAACUUUGUGGCUCUCCACCUGAAGAAUAUUGGGAAAAAUCGAAGUUACCACAUUCAACAGCUUUCAAACCUCAACGACCUUAUCAUGGAUGUGUUACUGAGAGAUUUCAGGACUUAUCUGCUCCUGCAUUGGCUCUUAUCGAGACUUUACUAUCUAUAGAUCCUGCUUCUCGUGGAACUGCUGCUUCUGCUCUUGAAAGUGAGUUUUUUACGUGUAAGCCUGUUGCUUGUGAUCCCUCAAACUUGCCUAAAUAUCCUCCUAGCAAAGAGAUAGAUGCAAGAAGGCGUGAGGAAGAAAUUAGAAGGCGACAAGCUUUGGCAAGCAGGCGAGAUAGGGUUGACCAAGGAAGACAAGUCGCACAAGAAACUGGUGCUACUGUAUCGGCCAAGGUUAAUGCCAAAUUUCUAUCAUCAUUGCAGAGAAAGAAGAGCCAAUCCCAAUCAAAGCCUCAAAUUGAGUCUUCCAGAUCUCGUCAAGAGGAAUCUACUUCUGGUUCUACACGUAAUUCAGAAGCUGUCAAAGAAGUGAGUAAAGAGAUCUUUGACCGCCUUCAUCAGAGAGGCGUAUAUUCAGGACCUUUAACUCGUGCUAGUGGAUGGUCAAAUGGUGAUAGGAAACUGAAUGAUCCCCCAUCAUUUUCAAGGCCACCCAAUUUAACAACUUUAUCUAGUCCAGCACCAAGUAGGAGUUCGGCUGUUGAAGAUAAUCGUCGAAGAUUUGGCUUUCCACAAAAUAAAAAGGCUCUUGAUGCAGCAGAAAGAUAUUCAGGACCUAUUAAUGAUUUGCAGGGAGAAAGAGAAGAGGAUUGGCAUCAGCUUGAAGAAAAAACACGUGUUAGGAGACCAGCACCGCAUAGUUUUGCACCUGACGGUGACAGAAUUCACUUGUCUGGCCCAUUACUCCAUCCCUCAAAAGAUCUUGACCGGAUGCUCAAAGAGCAUGAUCGCAGGAUUCAGGAUGCAGCUCGUCGUGCUCGUCAUGAUAAGUCCAAGCAUAGCAGGUUGUUGGCUAGGUGAUAAUGCUCUGAUAGCAAUCUGCGUGGUCUAAGCUAAGAAAUACACCAACAUAGGUCAAGUUUCACUCAGGCUUCAUGUAAAUACACGUACACCAUUGCACAUGUUGGGUGGUGAUGAGGAAAUUGUAUACAUGUAUAUCUAUUUCGGUAAUAUUAGUCUCGCUAAGUAAUGAUCAUAUUAUUACUAGAAGUAAAUUGCAAGUCUUCAAGCAACUUCUCUUCCGACUUCUUCCCACUCCCUAUUUCAUCGAUUCGAGUUACUUUAUUUGAACUGUACUUGGCUUAUCUUUCUUAAACAUAAUUAGAUCUUAUGUUGAUGCAUUGCCUCUUACCA